CUCUCUUUCUAUCCGUACGAGAUGGAUGGUGUUACCGGCGGAGGAGCGAAGAGCGGCGAGGCUGUGUCGGCGCCGCAACGGAAUCCGCAUCCAGCGACGUUGCUUGGUGGCAACGCUUUACCGCCUCCCUUCCUGAGCAAGACGUAUGACAUGGUGGAAGAUCCGGCGACGGACGCGAUUGUCUCGUGGGGUCCGGCGAACAAUAGCUUCGUCGUCUGGGAUCCGCCGGAGUUUUCCCGUGAUCUUCUCCCCAAAUACUUCAAGCACAACAAUUUCUCCAGCUUUGUUCGCCAGUUGAAUACCUAUGGUUUCAGGAAAGUGGAUCCAGAUAGGUGGGAAUUUGCAAAUGAAGGUUUCUUAAGGGGCCAAAAACAUCUCUUGAAGACUCUUAGCCGGAGAAAAUCUGUUCAGGGACAUAGCAGUAGUAGUAAUCCACAGUCCCAUCAGUUAUCUCAGGGUCAAGGUCCAAUGGCUGUAUUAUCUUCUUGUGUUGAGGUUGGGAAAUUCGGGCUCGAGGAAGAGGUUGAACAGCUUAAGAGAGACAAGAACGUGCUGAUGCAGGAGCUCGUCAAGUUACGCCAGCAGCAACAAUCAACAGACAACAAGCUUCAGGUUAUGGUCAAAAGUCUUCAGGCUAUGGAGCAGAGGCAACAGCAGAUCGUGUCUUUCCUUGCUAAAGCUGUCCAGAAUCCCACUUUCCUCUCUCAGUUUAUACAGAAGCAGACCGAUAAUAAUAUGCAUGUGACCGAGGCUAAUAAGAAGCGGAGACUCAGAGAAGAUACCACUACUGCUGCUGAUGAUGAGAAUCAUAGCCAUAGCCAUAGCUCGGCUGCAUCAGAUGGUCAGAUAGUUAAGUAUCAGCCUCUUAGAAGCGAUUCGACAAAGUCAAUGAUCUGGAACAUGAUGAAAACAGAUGAUAAGCUUCCUUUUCUUGAUGGGUUCUCAUCACCAAACCGGGUAUCUGGAGUCACUCUCCAAGAAGUAGUGCCCACAACUUCAGGACAGUCACAGGCAUAUGCACCCGUAGCAUCGGGACAACCUUUAUCCUCCUUACCCUCUGCUUCAACUUCCUUACCAGAUACCGUUAUGCCUGCGAUUUCACAGAUGCCACAAUUGACACAGGAGAGCAUCAAUGACUUCCCUACAGAAAACUACAUGGAUACAGAGAAGGAUGUUUCAGAGGCAUUCAUCUCUCCGAGCCCGUUCCUUGACGGUGGUUCAGUACAGAAUCAGGUAGACGGAAUAUCUCACGACCCCGACAUUGAUGAACUGAUGAGUAACUGUGAUCUGUUGGAAGAAUAUCUGGCACAAAGCCCAGUUCUUGGAGAUGAAACAAUACUAGAGAGUGGUCACGCAAAUGGUGGGAAUAUGGAUAAGCUUAUAGAGGAGUUGGGUCUUCUCACAUCACAGACAGAGCAAUUGUAAAGGAUUAUGUUUAGUGUCAACAUUGUAUAGUCUUUCUCUACUAACUUUAUGGUUAAGACUAGAGGGUUUUUUUAUGUCUCUUUUGUAUAAAAAGUUGAACUUUGUGCAGAAAUCUUUCUUUAGAUAGAUAAUU